AAAGAUAUUGAAAUAUGUCGUGACUUUGGGGACUUUCCCUGGUACAAAAAUGUUUAGGUUUUUACUCAGUAUCGAGUAAUUUUCUGGUCAAAUUUCCGGUUACUGAGUAAUUUUCUGGUCAAAAAAGACGUAGUAAACAGUUUAGGUACUAGUUUUGGUUUGUGGGGAAUGAGCUUGCUACGUAACGUUAUUAUAAAGUGUGUUCUAAACGGUUGGAAAGAUAUACCACGCGUUAUGUCGGUCAAGGAUAUUUGUGACAUUCGAAAACCUUACAAAGAUGAAACAGAAACAUUUUUGGAGGUUCAUUUGGAAAGUAGAGACCCGAUUGUGUUGUUCGGACAUUGGUUUGAAAAAGCACGAGCAACUCCUAACAUAGACGAACCGAACUCAAUGACUUUAGCUACUGUAAAGAGCAACGGCAGGCCUGCCGCAAGGACCGUUCUUAUGAAAGGUUUUGGUCAAGAUGGGUUUCGUUUUUUUACCAAUUAUCGUGGCGCAAAAGCUCAGCAGAUUGAGCAGACGCCAUUUGCAGCUUUGGUGUUUUACUGGCCACUGCUGUGCAGGUCAGUUCGUGUUGAAGGGGCUGUGGAAAAAUUGGACAAAUUGGCUUCCGAUGAAUACUUUAACAGGCGGCCAAGGGCGAACCAAAUAGCUGCACAUGUAAGUCAGAACCAAAGUGCGCCUGUGUCAAGUAGACAAGCCCUACUUGACAGACAGGAAAAAAUAACAAAUGAGUUCGAAGGAAAAGAAGUGACUCGACCAGAUUUCUGGGGUGGAUAUGUUGUUCAACCUGAUCUUAUGGAAUUCUGGCAAGGGCAGGGAUCCAGAAUGAGUGAUCGUAUUGUGUUUACAAAGAAGAAUGAAACUUCUGGUGAUUUUGUGCAGGAAGGUGAUAACGGCUGGGUGUACCAACGACUGGAGCCAUAAAGUGUAAUGUUAACAAUUUUAUCUAUUUGGGAUCUUAUAAUUGUAUUUAUUUAUCAUGGUAUCAUCUUUAACUUUGCAUGAAAAGAUGAAAUA